UAGAUCUGGAGAGGAGGAGGGACAUGUGCUGAGCAGAGCGGCUAUAAGAGCAGCAGCAGCAGCUCAGUCACACAUCACUGGGAGACACAGAAACACACACAGCGCAGCCAUGAGUGAGAGACAAGCUUCUGGAGCAAUGACUGGGAAAAGCAAACCAUCUGCUGGCCAAGGGCUUCAAGGUCAACAAAAGGUUCCAUCUAAACAUGAGAAGAACAAGAACAACCUCCCACAGGACUUUGACAUCGACAUGGACAACCCGGAGACGGAGAAGGCCGCCGUGGCCAUCCAGUCACAGUUCAGGAAAUUCCAGAAAAAGAAGCAGGAUGUGAAGUCAUAGAGCGCACACUGUCAGCUGCGUCAUCUCUUGAUGUGGGCCGGAUCUUGCAUGUCAAUCAAAUUGCACCGUCAUGAACUGAAAAGGAAAGGUGGGGGUGAGGGUGGGAUUCCUGUAGAUGGAGGUUGGGGUUGGGAUGGUCUGAGGCUAAAUAGUGUCUUUGUGAAAGUCUGUGUGUAAAUACUAAGUUAUCAUGACUAUUAUUUACAAAACAAUCAUUCUAAAUGUGUAUUUAAAUAUUUCCUAUAAUUGAGCUAUUUCUGUUUUUUAACUUCAUUGACAAUUCACAGUCUGAGCAAGGCGUCGUAAUCAAAAGAUCUUUCAGCUCUACUGGAGCUCUGUUAAUGUCAUUUCAAAACAACAACAUGCAGUGGCCAGUGCUUUUACGCCGCACAACUGAUGCUUUUCAGUCGGAUCUGUCCAUCUGUGGACAUGAACCUCUGAGUUGUGUCUUUGUACAGGCUGUGGAUGCUGUGCUCUUGAUUUGAAUCCAGUUGUGUUUUAUUCCUUGUUCGUUUUUUCCAAUGUGAUUUAAACAAUGUCAUUGUUCUGUUGACUAACACAUGUAAACUGUGCACACACACUUAUGCAUGCAAGCUUGCACACACACAUACAGAGAAAUAAAUAAAGACAUUGGAGUGCAAUUUAUUUUCCCUUUUACCAAAUUCUUCUGGUUAGCCGAUGUGACUGCAACGAGUGCUCGUGUCCAUUAAAUGCAGUAGAACGUAUUAAAAUGGAUUUAUUACCAUC